GAUCCGACAGUCCUUGGUCCAGAGUGAACGAGGCCACGAUGACCUCCAGGGUGAGCUCCAAGGAGCGCAGAACCGGCUGACUGGCCUGCAAUUGGAACAGGCAAAGCUGGAAGCGGAAAACGCCGCCUUGAAAGAGCAGAACCAGCAGCUGGACACGGCCUUGGGGCGCCUGAGCACCCAGUGCGAGCUCCUGGUCCAGUUGAAGGGCAAGCAGGAGGAGGAGAACCGGCAUCUUCUUAUGGAGAUCCAGCUGCUGAGCAGGGAGAACAGGCAGCUGUUGGAGCGCAGCAUGGAAAAACGGGAACAAUUUCAGGAGGAGCAGCGUCAGUACCA